GCUUCUUCAUGUUCACAGCCAUUUUUUCCAGGCAUCUCCCCAUCCUUGUGCCAGCAUGGUCUACAGAGUCCCUUUAUUAAACAGAGCAUUAUUGCUGCACAGCCGGGGACCAUAAAAGCUGUGUUACUUGCUAGAGGACUUUGGAGACGGGACAAGGCUGGUUGCUGGGUCUGAGGACAGCUGCUGGAAACACUGCUGCUGCUGCUGCUGCUGCUUCUGUUGGGAUGUGGAUCUUUCUGGGACCUCUGCUUGCUGUGUAACAUCGCUUGUCUCAUCUCAAAGUUGCAGGAGAGCACACGUCAAUCAAGAAUCUCAUCUUGCCUCAUCUUCUUUCAAAUGGACCACUGACAACUCACUGUGUGUGGAGUCAGACCUUCGCAGGAUCCCCGUCUCAGCUCCUCACUCACUGACCAGGACUGUGCCGCUGCUAUGUCUCAUUUUGAUGUAACAUCAGUUCUUCCAAAAUAAACUGAGCAAUCUCAUGUUUCCUCAUUCCUGCCUCUGACUGCCAUAUGAGAUUCAGCAGCACCAGGCAGAACUGGUCUGGAUCACUGACUUUCAACUUCACAUAAGAACAUCUGGAUUCCCCGGACAGAUAAAAAGGACACAAGCAAAGCCUUGUCUUGGAGCAGCUUUGGUGGCUUUUGUUUCUGCCAACAGCCAUGCAGGUGUCCUUCGCAUGCACAGACCACGGGCUGAAGGCCCCGCGUAACGGCGAGCACAGCAAGCAGAACGCCACCAGCCCCAAUACAGCCAGCCAGGCCCGCGCACGCUUCCGCACCGUGGCCCUGAUAGCUCGCAGCCUGGGCUCCUUCACCCACCGCUACCACCACAACCUCAAGGAGUCCACCGCCAAGCUCACCGGCAUGAAGUACCGGAACCUGGGGAAAUCUGGGUUGCGUGUCUCCUGUCUGGGGCUCGGCACAUGGGUGACAUUUGGAGGUCAGAUCUCUGAUGAGGUGGCAGAGCAACUGAUGACUAUCGCCUAUGAGAGCGGGGUCAACCUGUUCGACACUGCCGAGGUCUACUCCGGGGGGAAAGCAGAGAUAAUCCUGGGAAACAUCAUCAAGAAAAAGUGCUGGAGGAGAUCCAGCCUGGUGAUCACCACAAAGCUCUAUUGGGGAGGAAAAGCAGAGACAGAGAGAGGGCUCAACAGAAAACACAUCAUUGAAGGUUUAAGGGGCUCCCUCCAGAGGAUGCAACUUGAGUACGUCGAUGUGGUUUUUGCCAACCGGCCAGACAGCAAUACUCCCAUGGAGGAGAUAGUGAGAGCGAUGACACAUGUGAUCAACCAGGGGAUGGCCAUGUACUGGGGGACGUCACGGUGGUCGGCCAUGGAGAUCAUGGAAGCAUAUUCUGUGGCUAGACAGUUUAAUCUAAUUCCACCAGUGUGUGAGCAGGCUGAGUAUCACUUCUUCCAGAGGGAGAAAGUGGAAACCCAGCUACCAGAGCUCUACCACAAGAUAGGUGUAGGUGUGGUCUCUUGGUCCCCUUUGGCCUGUGGAAUCAUCACUGGAAAAUACGAGAACGGAGUCCCAGAAUCCUCCAGGGCCUCAAUGAAGCCAUACCAGUGGCUGAGGGAGAAAAUAAUGAGUGAAGAUGGAAGAAAACAGCAAGCAAAGCUAAAAGAACUGGCUCAUAUUGCAGAGAAGCUGGGAUGUACUUUACCACAGCUAGCCAUAGCCUGGUGCCUGAGGAACGAGGGAGUGAGCUCAGUACUGUUGGGAUCCUCGAAUCCAAGCCAGUUAACAGAGAAUCUGGGAGCCAUUCAGGUGAUUCCAAAGAUGACAGGAGGCGUUGCCACAGAAGUGGAUCACAUACUGGGCAAUCGUCCACACAAUAGAAAGGACUACCAUCAUUAGGAUGGACCCCCGUUUAGCGAACUAUGCUCCAAAAGCUUAUCAAAGCUCACUCUCACAGCCAUGGCACAAUAAGUGCGUGCCCAACUUUGCUCAUGUGUGCACGUAUGACUGUGUGUGUGACUGUGUAAAGUGUUCUGCUUGGCUCCUCGUGUGUAUGAAGAUCAACCAGUACUCAUUAUCGUAAAGUGAGCUACUUGACAAAGCAUGCAUGCUACAACUAUAGCAGCCAGCCACUGGCCUCAGUUUGAACAACAGCUAGAAGAUCAGACAAGAAGUGUGUAAAGUUAUCUUCUGCUCCAACAAACUGUGCAGAAACUGCUGAACCACAUAUUUCAAGAUGCAAAAUAUUAGAUUGUUGAAGAGUAAAUCUUACUGUAAGCAUGAGCCAGCUACUGAUUAUAAGAAGAAUGAUUUUCUGUGAAUUUGGGUGUCAGUGUAUUAAGUUUAAAGGCACUUAUUGUCCCAAAAGCAUCAUAUAAGCUCAUGGCAUCACAGUAAUACACAACAAAAAGAUGAGAUGUAUCAAAUUGUACCCGAUGUUCAAGAAAUAUAAUUUACUAGAUGGUUGUGAUGUGUUAAAAAAAAUCAAUGAUGACAUUGUGUAAUUGGGCCUGGUCUCAGCAGACUGGAUGCAAGGCUAACACUACCCAUUGCAGCUGGAGCUGACCUGUCAAUGUGAUGAAUUGUUUUAGUACUGGAAAAAUUGAAAUUCUGCUCACUGUGUUGUUGCAAAUACCAAGAGAGCUAAGUUCAACUAAAAUAUGUUUCAAAACAUCUGUACUGACUGUUAUAAAUGUUCCUCAAUAAGCAGUUAUGUAAAAAAAAAAAAAAAAAAAUCAUCUCCUUGUGUUUCUUUUUUUCCUUUUUACUUAUGAUGCAAAAGUACAGUGGUGUACUUUCCUAUUGUGCCCCUUAACCUCCUUAUAAUUUAAACUCUGCCAGACUUCCUGUCAGUGGUGAUAAUGUCUGAUUCAUUUAAUUUGCAUCUGUGUUGUGGCUAAAACAUUUGUCAAGUUAAAGUUGGGGAGAUGAUCUCCCUAAGGGGAGUUUGUCGAUUUAACAAACAAAGCCAUGUAGCUCAUGAAGAGACUCAGUAAUAAAUAACACCAUAUGGACCCCUGGAGUCACUGCACCUGGAACAUACUAAAUUGUUACCCAAUUUCUUACCCAAGAAUUUACCCAAAUUCUUCCAGAUGCCAGUUUUACAUAAUGGGAUUGUCUUUGUCAUGUUCUGUUUGUUCAGACAUAUAUUUUGGUGUUGUUCAUCAGGUUUGUACAUACAAAUAAAGAGCUUAUAAUUCUCAUGUGA